AUGGUUUCUCAGGCUCAAAUCGUCGAUCGCACGGUACCAAAUCAAAGCGCUCCGUCAGUGACCUCGCGUCACUCUCAUUCGACUCGCCGUCAUCGAUCUGGUCGGUCCCACCAUGGGGGCUCCUUGUCAACAUCCUCAAACGAUUUCCCAAUCUUCACGUAUACGGGCGACACCGAGAUCGCGAUCCGUACGGGUUCCCAUGAAAGACGAUAUCUACUACAUGGGUUGAUCUUGGCGCAAUGUUCUGGUUUCUUUGAGGCGAGCAUAGAUGAGGAAUGGUCGGGUCAGAGUACCCCGGGACCCUCGAAGCCGGAUGGGACAUUGUCUCGGGUGAGUGAGGAAUCGUCCUCGCUCUCCAAUGGAUCAACCCUGGCACAGUCUGAAAACGGAGGACUUCCUACGAGACCGGGUGAAAGACGACGCUGGAGAUAUGAGCUGGAUUGGGAGAACAGGUCUGAGGAGGAAGAGCCUAUUCUCGUGCAGAAGCCACCUACCUUUGCCCCAAUGACCAGUGGUGACCAAACCGCGUUCCCUCCAACAAUGACCAAACCAUCCAAUACCCAGGCGGCUUACUUCCGAUCCAUGGCAAACUUGGUGGGAAUGCAGUCGGUGAUACACCUUCCACAAACAGAAGGGAGUGACCAUAGCACGAUGGACCCGUUAGUUCGCGACUAUGAUAAUCUCUUCCGAUUAUUCUACAACCAUCCACCCAUACUAAAUAGCGUGAACAUUGCAUCGGCCUAUACAGAAUGCAAAUCCCUGCUUGCCUUGGCUGAUAUGUAUGACGCACUCCCAGUGACAGGGCCUCGAGUGGACCACCAUCUGCUAGGAUUUGGCUCGCGGCUCUUCAAGCAGAUUGCCAAGUACCCUCCUAGUUACCUUAAGCUGGGGUAUCUAGCUCGCAGCCGGGUGAUAUUCUCCGAAGCUCUAAUCCACGUCGUCGGACAAUGGCCAGCUGCCCUACCAAACCUACGCAACGGCACAUACGCCCCUUUACCAGGUCCCGUCCUGGACCUAAUUGAAGAUAAAUACGAAGACCUAGAGGACCUCAAAGCGAGAGUAGAAUCUAAACUCUUCCGCCUAUCAUUGACUACCUCUCGCGGUGAACGCGUCGGUCCGAACAACGCAUAUCUAGACUGGCUUGCCGUCUCUUUAUUCCGCCAAUGGCUGAUAGAGAACACCACACCUCCACCUGCACCGAUUCUCAAGAACUCCACAGCCAACAUCUUACAGUCAGCGGGUCCAGGAUCCCAAACUAGCUCAUCAAGACCAAACGUCCCGCCUGAUCCUGCGGCUCGCGUGUACAGACUGAUUGGAUCUUCGUCGUCUCAGGCGUAUCUACCCCAUGAUGAACUCAAGCGCUUCCUUAAGAUCCAUCCGACUCCAUCUGCGGAUUCUGUGUAUACUCGUGAGACGCUCAAGAGGUUCGAACGCAAGAUGGAUGAGAUUAAGCGGCUGGCUCGUGAAAUUGUCAAACCACUCAUGCGGAAUUUCCUUGAAUUGGAGCUGAAGGGUGGCGCAGAAUCGAGUAGUACGAGUUCCGGGAGUGAAAGCACGCCUGGUAUUGGACUGCCUUAUCUCACCUGCACUCGAGUGGAAGAGGCUGAUUUGCCUUGGAGCUCCUGA